AUGACGAACAACAUCUUCCGCAUAUUUAACCCAGAAGCUCCCAAGGAGGACCGUGUACAGAAGCGCCGCGCGCAGGUCAGGCAAGCACAACAAACCUAUCGUGAACGAAAAGAGGCGUACACCAAAGCUCUUGAAAGGGAAGUUGCACGGGGUAAAGCUCGGGAAGCUGACCUACUUCGUGAGAAUGAGCGACUCCGGGAAAGAGUUGAAAGAUUGGUCGGGAAGCUUGGCCAGCACGGUAUCGAGGACUCGGAUGAGGUGGCUGAUCCACCUCUGACGGAACACGGGAUCAUCACCAAGUCCAAGAACCCACUAGCUCCAGAAUCAUCUGCCAGUCAUCUGGGCGAUGUUGAUCCCGUUGCCUUAGGCAUGGAUUUCGUGUUGGCACUCGAAAGGCCCUGUCUCGAACACCUUCACGGGGACCCGGAGAAGCCAGAAGAUCCCUCUGGGCACACUCUGACCCUGUCAUCUCAGGUCUGUGCUGUAUCAAGCCCAUCCGACUCCACGUCUCCAGUUUCGCCAGAAUCGAUAAACCAAAAUGUUGUGCCCGCGGCCAUGCUAGAGAACCUCCUAGCGCUAUCAUCGCAAGUGGGUGUUUCAGACGACCAAAUCACCCCGGUGCAAGCCUGGAACCUGAUCCGAUAUCAACCGCAUUUCGGGGGAUUUGAGAUCAGUGCCUUGAGGACCCUAGCAGAGACUUUGAGAGAUACGAUUAAAUGCCAUGGGUUCGGUGCUGUGGUCCCCCUCAGCGUCUUCAGGCGUCUGACAUUUGAGCUCUUGCUCCAGGACAAACCGUUCUGA